CACCAGUUACUUCUCUACUGUUCAUUUGUUCAAAUCAAAUAAUCCAAACAACACAAUCAAAAAUGGCCGCUAAGAUGAUCAUAUUCGCUGCCUGUGUGGCCACCACACUCGCCCAAUACGCCGCCCCAGCUUACCCAGCACCCGCUUACUCAGCACCAAAGGCUUACGCCCCGGAACCCACAUACGCCCCGAAACCAUACAGCUUCGAAUACAGCGUAAACGACCCACACACCUACGACGUGCACAGCCAAUCUGAAUACAGCGACGGAUACGGCAACGUCAAAGGAACUUACAGCCUUUUGGAAGCCGACGGUUCAACCCGCGUCGUCGACUACACCGCUGACUCCUACGGUUUCAACGCUGAAGUCAAGAAAAUCGAAGGUGGAUACAAAGCCCCAUACAGCGCCCCAGCCCCAUACAGCGCCCCAGCCUACAAAUCCGCCCCAGCCUACAAGCCUGCUUACUCUGCACCAGCUUACUCUGCACCAGCCUACUCUGCACCAGCCUACUCUGCACCAGCCUACGCUGCACCAGCUUACCCAGCACCAGCAUACUCUGCACCGGCCUACAAACCAGCCCCAUACAAGGCAUACUAAUUCUCAACCAAAAACCAUUCCGACUGCGUCACAACCCCUUUCACUGAGCUGAGUUCUCGUUAGCGAGAAACGGCUUUGCUUCUCACAUUACCGAACAUGUUUAAUUUAUUCAAUUGUUAAUUUAUUUAUCAAAUAAUUAAUAAAUUAUUUGAUUCAUAUUACAAA